AUGGCUCUCUUCCUCUUCCGUCGUACUAGUCGUCGCUGCUUCUCCAGCGUCAGUACUUCGACCAUCCAGUUCGACUCACUUUAUCGAGAGAAUAAUCAGCUAUUAUCUGCACCCAUUGUGACACAGCGUGUGCUCGAAUAUCUGCUGGUGGAUCACAACGAUGUACAGCGUGUGGUCCCGGCCGAGAAGCUCCGUCCGCUUCCGUACAAGGCAUUGUUCGCCUCGCAGAAGGUACAUCGACUCACACCUCUUGUUCAAUGGUGUUUUCAGCAACUCAAGGACAACCCACAGGCAGCCGACGCCGUGUUUUCUGCUCUCGAACCGCACGCCAACAUGGCCCAAGGUGCUGUAUGGCAACAGUAUUUCCAGCGUCAAUUUUUUCUAUCGGGAGCUCCAUUGCGAUCGUAUUUACUUGCAUACAAGAGCCACAGAGACGCUCGUGUUGCUGCUAGGGAGAAAGUUGCAGGAAAAGAAGAAAAAGAAGAAAAAGGAGACGAGGAUGAAGAUGAUGAAGAACAGGAGGAGAAAGGAGACGAGGAAGUUACUAGGAGGAAGGACGACAAUGGCCUACACAAGGACAAAGGGGGUACUAUCUUGAUAGAGAACAAGGAGUGGCAAUUGAUUCCUAUGUAUGUGGCUCUCGGUAUCGUCAAGGACUUUUGCUUCCGAGGACGCUUCGCCGAAGCCAUUGAAGCCUACGCGGUGCUGCCACUAACGGACACGGCGCGCCGUGAAGUGGUGACAAUUUUGCAGGACUAUGAGCAGUACCCGUCAGUGCUGUAUCUCUAUGAGGUUCAUCGCGCAAUAGGUAACGCUGUGAGGCCGCUCGAUGUCGCGCCGGAACUGGACGCGCUCAAAAAAGUAGGGCGUGUCGAAGAGAUGGACGUGCGCUUCCAAAAGCUACCAGCAAAGGAGCAAAGUCGUGCUGACAUCCAAGAGCUUAUGGGCAAUUAG